AACAAAGACCACCCCCACUACUAGUGUGACAUUUGUUCCUGAAAGCCUGCUCCCAGUCGCAGCCCUGGGAUACAGAGCAUGCGUCGAGGGUCAUAGGGUGGUGGAUACACGGCUGUACUUAUCCAUCUGAUGGCGUUAAAGGAGACUAACCCGUCCAAACCGACGGUGACCGGAUGUUUGCAGCUCUUAUGCGGCGUGAUAUUUACACUGGGGACAUUAUUGACUUUGUAUAUUACAUUCAUAAAGUCAACUCUGAAUGGUAACUGCAUCCCCCUCCCCAGUGACGCAAAUCGUCACUACAAUCCAGUCCAAAAAGUCGCAAAGAAACCCCUCAUUCUGAUAUGGUUCUGGCCGGAAGACCUAAAGUUUGACUUGGACGACUGCAAGAAACACCUCAACAUCGAUGGCUGCCGUCUCACUGAUGACCGAUCCCUAUACCUCAAAGCAAAGGAAGUGAUUUUUUUUCACGAUGCCAUCAAAGAUGAUCUGUCCAACCUGCCCAGACUACGAAGGCCGGCCUUCCAGCGUUGGAUAUGGCUGAACCUGCAACCACCGGCCAACACGCGCAGAAUAGAAGGCGCUGACAAUCUUUUUAACCUCAGUCUGAACUUUCGCAAGGACGCCGAUAUUCAGGUGCGCUGGGACCUUACCUACAAUAAGAUCCUGGGCAAGGCGCCUUCACUGCCCAAGAAGGAGCAUGUGGUGUGUUACAUUAAAGGUGACAAGGUCGCAGACAACAGUACGGGGCACAGCUAUUACAAAGAACUCGCCAAGCACAUCGAUAUCAAGGUCUUCGGCGGUUCCUUGUCUUGGUUUCAAAACACCAAUUUUGACGCCAUCUGCAGCUGCAAAUUCCAACUUGCCUUUGAGGAUUUAAUUUACAGAGACUACAUCACAGAGAAACUGAACGGACCGCUGGCAGUUGGGACUGUACCUGUGGUACUUGGUCCCCCGAGGUUAAACUAUGAGGACUUUGUGCCGGGCGACUCAUUUGUCCACGUUAAUGAUUUCCCUAACGCCAGUUCCCUUGCGGACUUCCUGAAGAGGGUUGACACGGACGACACCGCAUACAGCCGCUACUUUCUGUGGCGUCAAUAUUUUUCCGCACACCGCCACCCUGUUACAGAUAACCAUAAGUAUCUGAAGGCCAUCUGCAGCGCGUGCGACUUUUCAGUGAGGAACAGGGACUACAGAGUCAUUCGUCAUCUGCACAAGUGGUAUUUUCGUUAGUCUUGUUCAACUUGUCUUGUGAGACUAUCCUGAUCAUACAGGUUCUCAUUUUGUUGCAUACUGCAGAUGGCUUGUUGAAACCAUACAAAUUAUUAUCAGCCCAGGGACUGCUGGAGGUGGAGGUGGAGGGAUUUCUGGUACAUGACAAACGAGUUCUGCAGGAUGCAUAAUUUCAAGACUGAGACUCUGUAACAAGCGGUGGAGGAAUCAAGAACAUAUUAAUGUGGGCCAAAGGUAUGGAAGCAUUUUAUCAAUUUGUUUUGUUUGGCUUCGCUAACCAUAUAUUAAAGAUGAAUUGUCCUAUUGGUUUUAGUAGCCAAUCCACAACCAGUGUGUAGCACCCACUUGGGUGAUGCAUGGCAGCCAACUAAAACAAAUCUUGCCUAAUUAUUGAGAAAAAGAAUAUAUAUCAAUAUAAAUGCAUUCAAAUAAAUAUUUGUUUAACUUCUUCACUCAUUAUUUAAACCCUUUUACUCUAUCUUUCUUAUUAAUGGUAUUUCCCUUUUUUACAACUGAAAAAAAAUGCAUUGGAACAAAAAACAAGAAGUGUUUAAUAUAGGACAUUUGUCACCCCCUAGUGUCGAAAGAGCACCUACACGAAAGUAGCUGAAGCCAUUGGGCGACUCUUGCGUCUUGCUUGACGCCGUAAACUGACCAAGCGGCCUGUAAUGAGGAGGGCGAGAACAUCUAUAUCAAGCCAAUUAACAUUGUAUUCGUUUGGAUUGUUUUAUUUUUUAAUGAACAUAUCUCUCGUUUGUAAAUGAGUCCUGUCAAUAUUCCUAUAUUUAUUCCUGGCUUUCAUUUAUUCCUAAAAUAGAUCUACAAUCUCUUAAUUAAAUUGCCAUGAAAUCCAAGUCAUCAACAAUUAUUUUAUCAAUCUGCAAGUAUGAGAUCAAAAGGUUUUAGGACAUCACUGACCACUCAUUGUCAUGCCAUACCUGUCUAUACUUUGUACUGUAGGCCUAUAUAUUUUUACUUUUAAUGUUUCUGUUGUUGGUACUAGGACUGGAUGUAAGCACUUUUGCUAAACGUUGCCAUGUUAACAUCUUGUAGGUUUUUACUGAUGUUGAUGGCUGCUCUGUCCCUACCGAUCAAACAUAAAUAAACUUGGCUCGAUUGAAAA